AUGGAUCUACCUGCCGUCGGAGAGCAUGUCUUUGCAGUGGAGGGCAUAGAAAAGAAGCGCAUUAGGAAGGGCAGAAUUGAGUACCUUGUGAAAUGGAGAGGAUGGUCACCGAAGUACAACACGUGGGAGCCAGAAGAAAAUAUUUUGGACCCACGACUCCUUGUUGCUUUCCAAAACAGAGAGAGACAGGAACAGCUACUUGGGUAUCGUAAAAGAGGACCUAAACCUAAGCACCUCUUAGUCCAGCUCCCAGCAUUUGCUCGGAGAUCUAGCAUUCUUGCCGGUCUUCAGGAGACAUCACUGGAUGAGGAGAACUUCCUUAAACCAGAUUCACUUCAGAUGCACCGACCCCAGCACUACCAGUUGAACAGCAAGAAACACCACCAGUACCAACCGAACUGUAAGGAAAUUCCUGCAGAACCACAAAUCAACGGAAAGAAAAAAUAUUUCUAUCAGCUCAACAGUAAAAAACAUCAUCACUACCAGCCUGACCCCAAAAUGUAUGACGUGACACAGACGAAGGCCAAAGAAGUCAAAGGUCACACUCCUCCUAUUAAUGAGUGUAACCCACCUUCAGCUUUGCAACAGAAGUGGGUGCAUCACAAUGAGACCGGUGGCCUGAACAAGGUGAAAGAUGUAGCCGUGGAGCAGAAGAAGCUAUCUAACGAUAGUACCAAAGGAGAGCAGCAGCUCAAAACAAGCCCUAAAGAGCCUUCACUCCCCAAAAGCAUCAGCAGUAAGAUGAAGAUAAUCAAGAACAAAAACAAAAAUGGGAGAAUUGUUAUUGUCAUGAGCAAGUACAUGGACAAUGGUGUGUCAUCAUCCAAAGUGAAAAAUGGAGACUCCUCAGAAAUAGAGAAAUCACAGCAGAAUGAGCAGUCUGUCAACACGAGUAACAGCAGUCCUCUUGAGGAAUCCAUAACAACAAAGAAACCAGCACAGGAGAAUAGUGCCCCUACAGACAACAUUGUUGGCGGCACGACCGAUAUCAGUGGGAACCUUCCAAAGGAGUCUCCUGAAAAGUGUGAAUUCUCAAAGGUAAAGACCAGUGCAAGGGAAGAAGAUGAAACACAGAGGGCAAGAGGUCAGGGGGACCUCCCAGUUGAUCAGCCUUUGCAACUGACCUCUAAGCCAAACUCCUCGCCCCUAUCAAUGAAGAUAGAUAGCCAGUUCCACAGGGACCAAAUCAGACAUAUGCCAGUACAUCGUAAACGUAACCUAUCAGACACUUCUGAGGGCAAUAACGAGCGUAAGAGGUUCCUCGACUCCAGAAGCAUUAGUGUUCCUAACACAGUGCUUUCCUGUCCUCAGAGCGAACCCAUGAACCUGCAGUACAGCAGUCAGGAUCUCAGCAGUGGAUACAGCUAUGACUUCAGUGGCACCAUUUCUGAGGAACCUAUUGACCUGAGCUGUGGGAAACACAGAUCACAAACAGUGCCUGCUGCAAAACCUCUAGCUCCUGUUGAGGAACCAACAGAGACUCAAGCGAAGGAGAAGGAGGAGGAGCCUGUCAGCAAUUUCAAGCCAUUUAAGGGCAAUAUCAUCAUUACUGACGUCACCACAAACUGCCUCACUGUGACCUUUAAGGAAUAUGUCUCAAUUUGA